UGCAAGAACUAGUUUAGCGCUUUCCAUACUUUGUCGUUGAUCGGCGCGGCGUCGUCAAGGGUCGAGAUUUUCCGAGAACUCAAUAAACUCUACAAGAAAUUAGGCUCUAUUGUCCAGAAACGAGUUGGACAGCAGCAGCAGGAAGCUGCGGAGUUGACAAUGUCAAGUUCUAAAAGAAGCAACAAGGCAGACUCCUUCAAGUAUCCUGUCCAGUCUUUUGAAGAAUGGGUGGAAAGGGAAAGAAAUGGGAUGGACUGGCCUAUUGUUGAGAUGGAUAAGAUGACCGUUGACCUCAAAUCAGGGAAAAGACUUCUUGGUACACACGCAGAGAUUGUUGAGGCUCUCUCUGAAUUUGCUUCAUUUCCUAUUCACAUUCUGGACAACUUAGAAGCAAAGGUGGACAGACUCCAAGAGCGACUAGAUGUAUACGCUACUCAGGUCGUUACAGAUGAUGGCCGGUCGUCACGGUUACAGAAUGAGCUCUUCCACUCUCCUGCAGCAGGCCCUGUCGUAUACAAGCCAGUGAUGCAUCGUGCGGCAAACAGUGACAUGGUGAAAGCGCAUCGUGUUCAGGAGAAAGACAACAGUACUGAGCUCCGAGCUCUUAUUCUGGGCAGCAAGGCUAGAAGUCUUGAGGUGAUGAGCUACCCAGGCUUCAAUAAGAAUGAACUAACAGAACUUCCUCAUGGCCUGGAAGCGCCUCAGAUCUUAGAUAGAGUUACCAGGGCCCAGGAUUUCAAUGCUGGAUUCAACAAGUUUUGGAAGAAACUGUUCCUAUCGGAAGCAUCGGUGGCUGUCAUGCAAGAUAUGUUUUGGUGGUUCUUCAUAGAUAGAUACGAGCCUAGGAAAGAAGAGGAGAAGAAAAAGCUUUUCAACAGGAUUGCAGACAGCUUUGUUGCCCUGUUUGUCAGUGUGAAUCCAGAAAUCAAAGAUAAAUUCUUUGUGGUGUAUUCAGACUGCUUAGCUCAGGCUGUAUUUGCAGCAUACUGGGAAGCCUUCAUUGACUCUCAUCAUCAGCUUGGGGAUAGAUUCAAACAGAACAUUGCUUCUAUCUGCUCGGAGCUCACUGCAGGUGUGAAACCCAAGCCGUUGUCAUGGAAACACUGGGAUGUGAAGAGGUUACAGCCUAAGAGUAUGAACAAGGAGAAAGAAGAGGAUAAGCAUCGAGUGGUGCUGAUUAAGGAAGGUCAUAUCAACAAAGAUGCUGACUUCUCCAUCAAUAUUGACAUACCGGAUGAAAGCGAUUCCCUUGCCAAUGAACUCGGUUCUACCAUAUCGCGUGAGAUGACCCUUCUCAAUAAAGGUCACCGCUUUCCUCAAACCGGAGCCACCAAUGCUGAGGGGGCUCAAACUGAAGUUGAGUCCCACCAAAUAGGACCAGGACCUGACUUUGAGAGAGUCCUCUUUAACAUCAAGGGUCGUAGCCCUCUUGUGGCUCACUACCUUCAUAUGAGACAGCUGGCUGGGAACCAGAACAUUGGCCGACACGUGCGCAGGACAGAGGUCGAGAAACUACCUCCGCCUGCACCUACGUAUCGUGAGGUCAUCAAAGACUCGAAAUGCAUGGCCAAGGCUAUGAGUACAGAAUAUCAGAAGAUUAGUGAGAUACUGAACAAGGAGCUAGCUGCUAUUGAGAAGCAGAGAGUCCAGCAGGCAAGGGAGAUAGAGGCUCUUAAAUCACAGAUCCUUCUGAGGUCUCAUGAUACCAAGAUCCUAAGUGAAAAGAUUCUAGAUUUCAGGGACCCUGGAAACAGGAGUUUCCAAAAUGUUCUGGACUUAUCAUAUUAUGUAAAGGGGAAGGAGGGUAUGCUCACCAUUAUGAAGCAAGACAAACCCGGCCCUGCCCGCACCCAUCCCAGAAGUUUAAAGACCGAAAGCAGCACGGCGGAAGAAGAGGGAGAGGAGGACAAUGACGAGGAGGCAGAUUCAGAAGACGGAACUUGAAGGAUUAUUCAAAGGCCUCCCUCUAACGAGGCUCUCUCAGAUAUGCCGGGAUAAAUCAUGGCAACUUUUCCAGUGUGGUUUUGAACAUGUAGGACUAAGCUUUUAAUAUUUUUGGUACUUGUAGCUGGUACUAGUAGGCCCAGAGUUGACGUGGCAGAUGGGAACAAGCCUUUAAUAACACUUGCUACUUUACAACACCUUGAAAACCGUCCAUGUGAAACUGUGCAGUAUUCCAAGACUUUGACAUCUUAUGUUCUUGAAGCAGCCAUCUAAUUUUUUAUUUUAUUUCUUAUGAGAUUGAUGAUUGUGCUAAUUUAAACAAAAGUAUGCAAUUCUUCCACAUACAUGUAUUUAAUUUAAAAGUGACCUUCCUGUCUGAGGUCAGAUACGGAUGCAUGUGAAGGGGUUGGGAAAUGAUAACG